GCCCACAUUCAUUCGCCUCUGCAUAUUUCUGGUUGCUAUUCUCUCUUUCUCUCUGAAAAAUCUCUAUCGAUUUUUCGCCGGGGUCUGACGGUCUUAUCUCAAGAGGACAUUUUCCGGCGAAUAGCAAGCGUAGAUUCAGUUUUCCAGCUGUAUUUGAAGAUUGCUGUUCGCUUAUUGGAUUUACAUAGUCGAAGGUUUUUGAGGCGUAAUUGAAGUGCUUCUCCUAUUCUCGAAGUCGAGAAGUUUCGUAGGAGUCGAUUGAAUUGUGCUGAUUUAGAGAGAGGAGUUUGUGGAUGUUAGUUUUUGGAGGAGUUUAUGAGAAGGGAGAUUGAGGCGAGUAUUUUAGGAAUUUUGAUGGAAUUUGGGUUGAAGAGAGAGACUGCAAGAGAGUAAAAAAGAGAUUGAUCCAAAGAAGAAAGGAAGGAAGAAUAAGGAGGAGGAGGAUUUGAUCUCUGGCAAGGUUAAGGGCUUUUACUCGGUGAUGUCUGUUCAGGAAAAAAGCAUAGGCGCAGGUUUAAACCCCAUUCUCAUGCCGAUUGGUCAUAUUUGUGUGGAUGUCGGGAAACCUUCACCAAAUGGGGUUCAAAUGAAGGAGUUUUAUGCGUCAGGCGAUGAACUCACCCCCAAGGUUAGAAAACCUUACACAAUUACAAAACAGCGAGAAAGAUGGACAGAGGAAGAGCAUAAGAAGUUCUUGGAAGCUUUAAAACUGUAUGGCCGUGCCUGGCGUCGAAUUGAAGAACACAUAGGUUCAAAGACUGCAGUUCAGAUUCGAAGCCAUGCUCAGAAGUUCUUCUCUAAGGUGGUGCGGGAGUCCAGUAGCAAUGCAGACUCUGUGAAGUCUAUCGAGAUACCACCUCCUCGUCCAAAAAGAAAACCCGUACAUCCAUAUCCUCGUAAAUUGAUCCAUUCGUCCACUAAGGGAAUAUCAGUUCCUGAGCAGCUUGAAAGGUCUUCAUCACCAACAUCAGCCUAUGAACAAGAUAACAGAUCACCAUCAUCUGUUUUAUCUGCAGUUGGGUCGGAUACAGUUUGGUCGACUGUUUCAAAUCUAUCAAAUGGCUGCUCAUCACCUGUGUCAUCUGCUGCUGGAUCAAACCCUGUAGGUUUGUUACUUGAGAAGCAAGAGAAUGGAUACCCAACAUCCACUUCAUCAGCCGAAGAAGAGAACAGAUUUCCAUUUCCAGCCCCGUUGCCUGCUCGUUCAAGCCCACAGGACAAAUCAUCUUUGGAAUCAGAUAUGGGUUUUAAAGAUCAUGUCUUUACAAGGGAAACUUCACCAGUUGAGACACACAUGACAAGUCUUAAGCUCUUCGGAAGGACACUCUUAGUCACCGAUUCUCACCGACCAUCUUCACCUGUUGUUGAGAACAUUCCUCAGUGCCACAAGUCGUUGCCUCUCAGUGACAUCGGAAGCCACCAAGAAAAUUUAGAAACAGAUGUGCAGAAGACAUCUCCACAAUCACCAGAAGACAUGAUGCAGAGAGAUUGUUCUGGGAUUUCAAGCCAAAGCGCUUGGAAUCAAUGGUCCUGUGGAAUACCACCAUUAUUCUAUUGCAUGCAAUUCCAGCAAGAAAAUUCAAAUUCGGCAGAAUCUACCAAUCCUCUGCCCUGGUGGGUUUCUCAUGGAAGUUUACUCUUCCCUCUCGCUCAACCAUUUAAUGAAGAAUCUAGACAAACACCUCCUGAUUCCUGCAUGGUAGCCUCAGACGUUAGAGAUACGAACAAGGAAGGAUCCUGGACUGGUUCAAACACCAGCACCAUAGGUGAAGCAGGAAUUGGUGAAAGGAAUAGUGAUGUCGUUGACUCCCGUAAUGGAGAUAAAGAAAAGGAACCGAUGACUGUUUUCCACUUUAAAGCAAGUGAGAAUUCAGCAUUCUCUAGCCUAAAAACAUCGAGUCCUGGGAACCGCGCAAAGGGGUUCAUGCCCUAUAAAAGAUGUGUAGCCGAAAGAGACGUUGAGCAAUCACAGAUGGGUGGCAAUGAAAGAGAGGGGCAGAGAAUCCGAUUGUGCUUAUAGCUUUUGAUUCCCUCCCUUUACGCAGGGAGGGUUUUUGAAGCUUUAUUUCAGUAGAGAGAUUCAACAACUGCCAGUUUCAGCUGUUGAUGAUGAAUGAGAUUGAAAGAAAGAAGGCAAAACCGCCAUCUGAUCUGCUGCAUGUAAAUCACCUGUUUCACUACCUUACAUCUUCAAUAGGCAUAAAUAACCCUUCCCCCCCUCAAAUGUAACUUCCAAACCAUUAGACUCCUCUUCUUUCCUAUCAGCAGCAUUGUAAGCUUUUAGGUCUUCCCUCUUCUUAUGUCUGAAAUAUUGUAUUCUUUUUUGCAAAGUGCAUUAAGAGUAAUUUUCCUUGA